CCGACUGGGAUCAGGCCGGCUGCUGGGCUUGGUCCUAUGUUCGCUUGCACAACCGCUUGCUGGAGCAAGCCAAGAUCAUCCAGUCGGAAGGACAACAGGCGCAAGAGGAACAGCACGGACGAAGUGGUUUUGAGGCACCGAGCAUCCGAAGUUCAUUGAAACUGCUGAAGAACGAGGUCUUCUCCCUCUGUCCCAUGAACUUCCUGAUCUCCGGAAUUUUGAUCUCCUUCAUACUGAC